UUUAAAAAUACAUUUACAUUUAUAUAUUUUAUAUAUACACGUAUACAUGUAUAUCUUCAUAGCUACAUACAUAUCUUGACAUCAAAUUUAUACCAUACUAUAAUGGUUCCAACUUAGGAGUCCAAAGCCUGUGGGUGAUUUUGAGAACACAAACACACCAAUCCAUAUCGUGGUGAUAUUUAUUUAGCUCCAGCGAUGUGCAGGAGUAAUCACUGUAAUAAGGCAACACCGGAAUCCACGGGAUAAAUGACGUCACACAAAGAUGGCAUCGUUUUUCCGAUGCACCUUCGGGCGGUAAGGCUCCAUAGUCCUUAGCUGAGGCAGAGCCCAGAAGCAGCGCCGCCGCUCCCCCCCCACACACAUACCCGUCGCACAUCUGGCCAGCUGGUAAAGUCCCAGCAGCGGCCGCCCGGAGGCAGCAUGAGCCCAGGGAAGCGCCGGCGUGUCUCCUCCCGGGCUUCAGUCUCCAGGCUCGGGCGCGCUCCUUCUCCCAACCAGGUCGCCCAGCUCCAGGGGCGGAUCCCACCAAGAACCUAUUGGGUGGAAGGAGGGGUAAAGAGCCCCGCUGCCCGGCCUCCCGCCCCUAAAAGAAAAGGAGCGUGACGCGCUGCCCAUCGAGACCCCGGGUCUGCCCAGAGCCACCACCAUGCCGAGCCUGCCGAGGAAGCUGGAGCUCUUCUACGAUGUGCUGUCCCCCUAUUCUUGGCUAGGCUUCGAGGUGACGCUCCGAGGGAAAGGGGACAUGGAGGUGGGGCUGCUGAGGAGCCUGGCUCACAAAGACCAAAAUAGACUGUGCCAACUUGAACCAAAGAUCUCCAGCCCUGCCCUAGGUGGCCCAUGCCAGGGGCCAGGGAUUAGGAAUACUCCUGUUUCAAAUGGCCCCUGCACAUGUUCUAAAAGCCCACACACAGCUCACAGUGGUUUUGGUCUCCCCUGGCAAGUCCUAUGUUGCCAUCAGAACAUCUGUAACAUCAGCCUGAAGCUGCAGCCAAGUUUCCUAGUAGGAAUAAUGAAGGACAGUGGGAACCUACCACCUCUUUUAGUACCUCAAAAAAAGAAAUACCUGAUGGAUGAACUCCAGCAGUUGCAGAAUUUUUACCAAGUUCCGCUUGUGAUUCCCAGAGAUCACCGAGUAGUGAUAAUAGACAAAGGGAGCCUUGCUGCCAUGCAAUUCCUCAGUUCUGUCGAAAUGGAGAAGCCUGAGAUGUUGGAGAAAGUGUCUAGGGAACUGUGGAUGCGCAUCUGGUCACGGGAUGAAGAUAUCACAGAAUCCCAGAGCAUCCAAACUGCUGCAGAAAAGGCAGGACUUUCUGAAGAAGUGGCUAAGUGCCUACUGGAAAAGUGUUCAACUGAAGAGGUGAAGAAGAAACUAAGAGAAACCAAAAAUACAGCCUGCAAAUAUGGGACCUUUGGGCUUCCCAUCAUAGUGGUCCAUGUGGAUAACCAGUUUGACAUGCUCUUUGACUCUGACAGGAUGGAACUGCUGGCUCAUCUGCUAGGAGAACAGUGGCAGGGCCCAGUGCCCAGCACUGUGAAAGGCAAACUCUGAGCACUUACAGAAGAAGAGGAGCUGCUUAACCCUAGGAGCCAGACCCUUCCUCCUCACAACACUCCCAUCAAGGAAUCCAGGAUGCUGGGGCUCUGCAUUCCCAUAUUCUCAAGUUUGGGGGAUUUUUGGCUUGGUAUCCUGAGCUUGCAGUCCUGGGAUUGUCCUAUUCCUACUGCUCACAAAUAAGUGCCUUAGGUAGGGCCCCAAC